AUUCCAAAGAAACAGUCUAUAUUGGCUACAAACAAGUGAGCAUUUUGGCCUUAAUUUAAGGUUAGGCAUAAUGUUAACAGUGUGCUUGAAAAUCAGAUUAUAAAAAUAUCAAUUUUGAAAUGGGCGGGGUUUAGCUAUAAUUAUGACUUUGUGGUUGUGUUAACUAGUGACGAUCCCAGUUAUCGACUCGAGAUUAGCAGCAGAAACCGAAAAUGUCGGAUCCCACGGUUGCAGACACUCGCCGAUUAAACUCUAAACCGCAGGAUCUUACAGAUGCUUAUGGCCCCCCAAGCAAUUUUCUUGAAAUCGACGUUUAUGACCCACAAACUAUUGGAGUCGGCCGGAACCGAUUUACCACUUAUGAAGUGAGAAUGCAGACAAACCUUCCCAUCUUCAAACUUAAGGACUCUGUUGUGCGAAGAAGGUACAGUGAUUUUGAGUGGCUGAAGAAUGAGCUGGAGAGAGACAGUAAGAUUGUGGUGCCCCCUCUCCCUGGCAAAGCUUUGAAGAGACAGCUGCCCUUCCGAGGAGAUGAGGGUAUCUUUGAGGACUCCUUCAUUGAGGAGCGGAGGGUAGGCUUGGAACAGUUUAUCAACAGACUCGCAGGUCAUCCCCUGGCCCAGAAUGAGCGCUGUCUUCACAUGUUCCUUCAGGAUGAGUCCAUUGACCGGAACUACAUUCCUGGAAAAGUGUGAAUAAACACCCUAAAAUCUGUCGGAUGCUGUACGCUGAAACUGCAGCCCCAGAGAUGAAAAUGAUGGUGUACUCAGCCCAUCUUCUCAACCCUACACCCCCUGGCUGUUUGGCUUUAUCACUAGAGCCCACGCUGUCUCUUCCACAGGUGGCCCAUCCUCCUAGACAACUGCAUCUGCCGGAACUCUCUGUAAAUACUGUGUACAUAUAUACAUAUCUUAUUUGUAGUUGUUCUGGGGAAGCUCUGGGGGUAUUCACAUGCAGAGCAUUUAACUUGUAGCAGAAGACUGAGGGUGGUGAAUUUAUAAAACCAGUGAGUUAGUAAGUUACCUUUUUGAAACAACAGGAUUUUUCUGGAGUUAAACUUGAGGCUUAUUAAGUAAGUAGGAGUUGGUAAUAAUUAUAAGACUUAAUUUUUGGAAUGAGAAAAUAUUGUUUUAGUAACACAAGUUGGCUUCCUAACUCAUGAAUUCUGCUUGGUGAAAUAUAAUUGUGUACAUUUCUCAUGUGAAAAUGACAGGCUCUGCCAAAAAUACUUUCCCCUGAGCAAACAGUUUCUCAGUUAUAGAGAUCGAUCUACGAAGGGAAACCUGGCCAACCUGACUCACCAACACAAAGCAUUCUAUUACAUUCCAUUAAGAUUCUUUUUACAUUCAUGUAUAUGUACUUGACAACUUAUUUACGAAUCUUGAUAGAGGAAUGAUUCCAUAGUGUCAUAGAAAAAAUUGCCAAGUAUUAGAUCAAGUCUUGGGGACAAAUAUUCAUUCAUACCACCUCAAUGGUCAUCAAAGACUAAAUUGCACUUGAUGUAAUAGUAGGGAUCUUAACCCCAAUGUGUUGGGAAAACUCCCAACCUAGAUUCUCGCCACCGUGGUCACAAUCAUUUUCAACCUUUCUACUGCAACACUAUUGUAGGUUGUUGUAAAUGAGAAUAUUUGAAAUCAACUUACCUGGUAAAAUAAAGCUCAAUCAAUAACUAGAAUGUCCAGCAGGAUACUUAUUUUGCUUACACUCGCAGAUACAGGGUUGUCUUAGAAGGAAAUAUUAUUCAGUGUUUAGGUGCUUCUGUUUAAUGUGUGGGGUGAGGCUGAUGCAGCCGGAUAUGUCUGUAAUCAAGCACCAAAGACAGUUUCUGCUGCCUUGUGAUUGUGACAUGUCUUCCUGAAACAUCCUCGGCCUCACAACUAAACUGAUGGCUAGUCGCCAACCAUUUAAUUUGUGUUUUAUGUUCAUGUGUUUUUGACCAUUCAAAUACAUAAAGGCUGUUUUUUUCUGAUUUGUUGACCACAAUGUACUGUUAGUUUAUUAAACCACUGAAAAUCUA